UAGGUUAGGUUAGGUUAGGUCAUCAGCUCUUUAAUAAAUUAGUGGCAUUCUGUUCAACUAAUGUUUUUCAACAAAAAAAAAAUUAAUGUUUCACUCAACUUAAAUUUUUUUAAUAUCCGACUUUAAAAAUUACAAUCCUACUGUUUUUUUCGAAAUUCCCGCGCUAAUCUACGAGAUAGCAUCCGAAUAGUCAAUGGUCAUCGGUCGAUUACCGGUGCGCUCGUGGCAACUUUUCAACGCCUCUUUCCUUCUCAAAGUGCUUAAUCGAUAAUGACGACUGUGUCGACUAGUUUGAAAUUUUCCGAACUUCUUUUAGUGCCGUAGAAAACUCUGUAGGUCUCGUAAUUUGAAUCUAGAAUGUUUUCGAAAAAACCCAAUGAAGGGCUACUAGCCAGAGUGAAUUUCCCUCUUUUUACUGUCCAAAUGUUAACUAGUCGACAUGUAUUAGUGGCAGGUGGAGGUGGCUCCGCAAAAACUGGAGUAGCAAAUGGUUUUGAAGUGUUUGAGCUUCACCACAAUGGUCAGCAAUUUUCGGCAGAGGAAUGUUUGCGGCACAUCACAGGUGGUAGUGUUGUCAUGAACUGCUCCACACUAUGCACUUCUCGGAAUACCUACCUAGUGGCAGGUCAGGAGAGCCACUGCCAGCUGUAUACUGUCAAUUUUAGGGUUGUUUCUGGUGAAAAUUCCUUCGAUAGAGAAGACACAAGUAAUGACAACAAAGAAGUUGAAGUACGGAAAAGGAAGAAACGAAAUUCUGAUUCAGCAUCUGGAUUCAAAGAGCAUAAUAGUUCAAAAGAUAUACCAUUAGAUAGUGGGAAAGUGUUAGAAUUGGCCAUAGAGCCUUUGAAAAGCGUCCAGACAGACUUUAGUGAUGGGGAGUCGCUACAACGUGUUGUUCGAAUUAGUCAUAUUGGCAAUCUUAUGGCCACUGGCGGUACUGAUGGUUAUUUGAGGCUGUGGACUUUUCCUGACAUGAACAGUCUGCAUAACAUUCCAGCGCAUUCAAAAGAGAUCGAUGAUCUUGACUUUAGUUCAGACGAAAAAUUAAUUGCAAGCGUGGCAAAAGAUGGACGUGCUGUUGUUUGGAAUGUUUCCACGGGAAAAAAAGCAAAAGAAUUACAGUGGGUCUUUCCGAAUGGAACAAAAUAUCUUUGUAAGAGGUGUAGGUUUGGCGUAGUUGAAGAUAAGAAGGAAAUAAUUAGGUUAUUCAUUUUGACGAAUCCUGUCGGGAAAGGCCCGUCUUUUAUUCAGCAGUGGGAUGCCUUAAGUGGUGAAUUGACAAAAUCUGCUGGACUUAGUGAAAGUGGUAGCGCUCUGGCUGUCAGAAAUGAUGGUAGAUUUGUUGCUGUUGGAACAAUGUUUUCUGGUUCUGUGCAUAUAUUUGUGGCAUUUAGUUUACAGCAAGUUCUUUUGGUAAGGCACGUCCAUGACAUGUUUGUGACCGGAUUAGAAUUUUUGCCGGUGCAGCAGGAUAGUUCCAGCUCUGUUUCCCCUGUGGAGGCAGCAGUGCUUAGCAUAUCUGUUGACAACAAAGUUUGCAUUCACAGCCUCCCAUUUAGAAGAUCUCUGCCUCUUUGGGUGUUCCUGCUCAUGAUGGUCAUCGUCUUGUUCAGCUCGUUUUUCCUCUGUUGUUUCUUUGGCUUGUGAUACAGUCAAGAAGCCUGGAUAAUAAGUCUCGCUUUUGAUAAGUUGUCCAAGUCAUCAAGUUCAGAUUAAAUUAAUAUCUCAAUUUCGACAGGUUAAUGAGCCACUAAACAAGGUUCGAAUUCAAGCAUUGCAACACAUGUAUUCUUGUCAAAAUUUAAAAAUUUUAGAGCUCAACUUUUUUGUGUAAAACAAGCGUUUUUUGUGUUGUGAAUUCAAACUUUUUGCUUGCCCAAUAAUUAGAAUCCUCUUGAAUAAAAUUGGGCUCUAUGCGGAUUUCAAAGUACUUUACAGCUAAGUGAUAUCUCAGUGUGCUGAAUUGUCCUGGGCAAGUUAAAUCAGAGGAAUCAGAGGAAUAAAGACAUUUUUGAGAAGCCCCAACUUCAGUCAUCUGUCAGACUUUCCUUCCGAUUGCUGGUUGAACCCAAGGCGGUAAAAGUUCUUUUUGGAAGUGGAAACUUUGAAUUAGCUUCUCCAACUGUAAACAACAAGCACUAUUUUCUUAUUUUUAGGUUGAUCUCGUAAAUUUUCACUUCGCAAUAUUUUCGAUCAAAUUUUGAUCUGAAAACAUCUUUUGUGAUGCUUUAAGUCGUAAUGUGUUUAUUGGUUCACUAUCGAACCUCAGUCAAUUGUUUAUCAAUUUCUGAGAGUUGGAAAUGAUCAAUAUCCUCAGUGCUACAAGGCGACCGCAUGAUAUUCUUAACCUUAAAGGAACUUAAACGCCCCUUUUCAUCAGGAAUUUUUCUCUAAUUGUGAAUCUCAAUUUUCUAUAAGAAUUGUUUUGCUCAGGCCACCAGAUUCUUGUCAACUGAGAGAAACAGCCAACACUUAAUCUUAGCAAAACUUAAUGAUUCAUAGGAUGUUUUGGAUUUCCAUCCUUUAUUUAUUGAUCAAGGUUGCCAGAUGAGCCAUCGACUGUGAUUCAACAAUAUUAAGAUACAUCGUUUUUUGGAAAGCCAUUUUAAUGGCUCUCUCCAGCAAACGUCUGAACUGGAUAACAAGUUAUUAUGCAUUUCGUUUUCAAAUUCAAGCCUCUGUAUGCAUAUUGAGGUAGCUUGUCGCGCCUUUCUAGUAGAAAUUUUAAUCUCGAGCCAAAAUUAUUUUAAAAAGAAAGAAAAGUUCCAUUCAAUUUGAAUGAUCAAAUCUAUUUCAUUCAAAUUUUAAUAAUUUGAAGUAUCAAUCCUAAUUUAAGUGACAAACGGUACUAAGUUCCAACACAAACCAUUGUAAUUUUCCAUUUCAGAGCACUGAUAGAUUCUAUCACAACUGUUACAAUAUGUAAGUUACAUUCAAUUUUUAAUAUUGUUAAUUUAUUUUGGGAAGCAAUCUACCCCCUUUUUUCAACAACUCAUUAACAAAGAGAUUAUCUUAUCAGUUUUCUGGAGAAAAAAAGUUUCCUAAGGAAAAGCUUGUUGAAAAAAUUGGUGGGUAUUGGGAAUGAAUUGAAGUCAUUUUCAAGUUCAGUCAACUGUUCUGGGAGCCUCUAUGAUUUUACAUUGCUGCCUGUAGACUCAUAGUUUUGGUCCCAGUACAAAUUUUUCAUCUCUGUGAACUAAAAUACAUGCUGACCUGGUGUCUCUUGUCAACAAGCAUUAUGGGAUAUGAAUCAUUGCAUUCAUCUUUGAGAAAUAUUUGUUGUUUGUUUUUUAUCUUGGUUUAUAUCUUGUUCACAUUUUAGUCAAGCAAUUGGAUCAUCGAUUUGCUUCUUGAUCAUUGAUCAUAACUUUUUGUAGUUACGUAUCAGAAUCACAUUUUUUUUUUUUUUUUUAUUUUUUUUUUUUAAUUUAUUCAUUUAACAGGUUGUAGUUAUUCUAUUUUAGGGGCUAGGGUUAUUCUAUAGGGCUAACUUUAAAGAGAGUUUUUUUGCUCUUAAAUUACCAGCAGGCAAAAAUCAAACAAAUUGGAAGUUACUUGCACAAGUUCUCUAGCAAUCAAUUCUCUAUGCCAAAGUGUGACUUUUUUGUUGUAAUACUUUAUUGUUCAAGUCAUCAGGAAAGGGUUUACACUGGCAAAGCCCCCUCCCAUUUUUCAUUAAUUUACUCUUUCAUUUUACUCUUUUGUGGCUUUUUAUGGAUAGAAAGUGUUAACAUACCCUCUUGUAUCCAAUUUAAUUUUGUUAAUUUGUUGCUCUAACUGUUGAAACUAGUAGAAUCAAUCGCCAAAUUAUUCGCAUUCCUUUUUACCUAGUAAUUUUUUUUUGCAUGCGCAAAUAAUCCAGUAUAAUUAUUGCAUUUUUCUGCCAUCAGGAAGUUUUAAAUGUGCAGGAAAUUUGUGAUAAAUUUUAAUGGUGCAUUUGUUUAUUUAAAAGAUAAUUUCAUCGGCAAAAUGAAAUGGAGAACAAUCAGUGGUUGAAAAGAUUUAAGUAAUAAUCUGUGUCUUUUAUAUAAAGAGCCUCUGAUCGAGUGAUCCUGCGUAUACUCAGACUAUUCCCUUGUUCCUUUUAAAAUUCUUCUAGAAAUUAUCCUUCUAAAAAUUCUUGUUUGGUGUUCGUCUGUUUUUCACCUUGCUCAACUCAGUUUUCUCAUUAAAUAGGUUUCGUACGAUGUAAAUGAAUCAUUGGUUAGUAGAAGGGCAUUUUUCGUUUGUAAUGUUUCAGAAUCUCUGCUGCAAAUUAUAUUGUAGAGAUGGAACAUGGGACAAAUUUUCUGAAAUUUUCUGUUCAGAGCGUUUGCAUAAUUAUGAAGAAUAUUCGGUAAAAUUGUUGACAAAUUACUUUAAUUUGCUGUAAGCAAAAUGGAUGAGACCUUAUUGGAGAUUCCAAGACACUGUAACUGAGAAGUGCUCUUUCUGCAUCCAGUGCUUAUUAGAUUAUAACAAUGAUUUAUGAACUUAUAUGAUUUACAGCACAGAAAAAUGUGAUGAAACUCUCCAAAAUUGUAGCGCUCUGAGUUGCUGCUUUUAUUCUAUAAUUUUUUUUAUCAUGAAAAAGAACAAGCUGACUUAAUUGGUCAAAAUUUACAUCGGAUAUUCGACACACAGCAUAAAGAUCUUGAAGUUUUUUUCAAAAAGAGGUGUUGAUCAGUUAUUGUUUGAAAAUUAAAAUAAGUUCAGCAAUCAGAAAUUUUUCAAUUUUUGAUGUGUUCUCUGAGUUCAAAACUGACAAAAUGAAAGGGGAAUGUUGACUGGACGUGUAGUAAUUUUAUUGGAUUUUGUCCUCUGCAUCCCUUAUAUUUAGAGUUGUAGUUUGAAAGGGUGAUCCGCUCCUUUUCUAAAUGAAUACAUCUUUGUUAUGACAUGUUUUUUUUAAGUCGCUGUAUCAUUUGUAUAUAAUUUCAUUUUCCAAAGUUUUUAUCAAUGUUAGAAAGUUUGUUGGUUAUUUAAAGAUUAAAAGUGCAUAGUACAGCUGCAA